AUGGGGCGACGAGAAUGCGAGUGCCGACAGCACAGGGAUGGCGCCGCGUUUCGACUAACGCGAUGCGCGCCUCCCGCUUGUCGUCUUCACAGGAGCGCUGUUUUAAGUAUUUUUCCUUUCUCUCCUCCUUCUGGAAUGAGGCUGUGUCUAGCGGACUUCCCUCUCGCUUGUUUUCAACCAGCACAGAUUAUAAGCGCUUCUGGGGAAGUUUCUUUUCUCGAAGGAUGCUGAAUGGUCUAAACAAUGUUAAAGUUCAAGAAAAAUCCUGGAGGGAAGAUCAAAGAGAAAGUGGUGUUCAAGUUCCAAUUUCAUGUUACACGGGUUCCACCGGCUGGAUGGGAGAAGCUUAAAGUGUCUCUUAUACCACAGGACACUGGAAAACGCAGCAAUAAAACCACCAAGGCUGCCGUCGAGUAUGGAUGCUGCCGCUGGCCCGAUCCUCUCGUGGAGACCACGAGACUUAUACAAGACGCCCAGUCUGGGAAGUAUGACUCUAAGCUCUACAAAAUCGUUGUUGGUGUGCGAACAAAAAUUCUCGGAGAUGUUACCAUUAACUUGGCUGAUUUCGCAAAUGGUCCAUCGAAUUCACUAGCCGUGCCUCUCCAAAAUUGUCGAGGAAAUACGCUCCUUCACGUAAAAAUCAACUCUUUAACGUCCUUGAGGAAAUCGCGAGAGCUUAGUGUUCAAGAUGAGCAAUCCUCUGAUUCUGAAGUCGAUGCUGACAAUAUUUCUGUGGCGUCAUCCACUAGCCAAGCGCUUAGUGGUCCUGUUCAGAAGUCGGUUUCUUCACCAAGAGAUAAUGGGUCGUCGCUGCGUGACACCGAUCUUGAACCAUUUACACCUAGAGAAUUCAACGGUAGCGUCAAAGAGUUUUUUGGCGACCCUCCUUCUCCAGCUAGCUCUGUAGGAGGCUAUGAGAGAAGAAGGCGCAGGUUCAGUCAGGGGUCAUUUCCAACAAUCUCUUUGGAGCCCCAGCUUGGUAGAACAGGUAGUGGCUCGGGCAUGAGAAAUAUUGAGUCGCUUAGCAAUAUGGACAGUGACACUCCCAGGAGCAUUAUGAGCGUGAGGUCGUCAUCUUUUCGAAGUAAAUCGCCGAUUGAAGCCGAGGCACCAGCUCCAGAUAAAUCGAUUCAGGAGCUGCGCAUGGAAGCCGUAACAUGGCAAAGACGUGCCCGAAAUCUGAGUAGGGAAGUCCAGAAGCUGAAGCAGGAGAAUGGUGGCGGACCAAAGCAGUUACUGGCAGAUAAGCUUAAACUAGAGCUGCAAACUGCAAAGCAGGAGCACGAAGCUAAUGAGCAGAGACUGCGCAAGGAGGCCGAAGAAUUAGCAAGGUCCAUAAGCGAUUUGAAGAUGGAGCUGUCCUACGAGAAAGAAGCAAGCCUGAACGCGAGCAUGCAAUUGAGAAAAGCUCAGGAGUCCAACAUGCAGCUCGUACUGGCGAUACAAGACAUGGAGGAGUCUCUAGAGGAGCAGCGAAAAGAAAUGGAAGAGCUUUCUUCACUCAAUCACAACCUUGAAGCUUCUGUACAUGCUGCCAAGACUCGAGAAGAGAAUCGGGAAAGUCAGUGGUCUGAGAAGCUUGUAGCUAAAGAAAACACGAUCAAAGGCCUGCAAGCUAAGCUUGAGGACUUGCGGAAAAGUCGGUCUGAGAUUAAGCGGGAGCUGGCCACUGACGACGAGGUGAGCCAGAGUACCGAAGAAAUGGCUAAAGAGUUGAAGGAGUUGACGGACGAAAAUAUGGAGCUGAUAUUCAAGCUGAACAAGGCAACUAAAGAGUUCGACAAGCAAAAUGACGAUGACCGUCAGGAAGUGGAGAGGCUCAAGGCUUUAGUAGACGAGCUCGAGAAGAAGCUGGCAGCAACUGAAGAGUUCCAUCAGGUUCAGCACUCCAGCAAUGAAAAGCUUAUGGUCCGCCUUCAGACUUUAAUCCAGGGCUUGAAAAGUGCUAACGCAGACUUGGAAAACCAGCUGAGAAGCUCGGAUGCCGAUAUUCAGAGCUUAAACAACCAGUUGGAGCGUGCAAAGUCUGAGCUGACUCUUGCCGGACAAGAGCAGAAAAGACUAACGAGGCUGGUGGAGGAUGCAAACACAGUUAAAGCUCAACUGGAAUCUGAAGUUUCAGCUUUGGUGUUUCGAGCACAGAAGCAUGACAAGGAAAUGUCGGACUUGUUGCACGACUUCAACUCUAAGCUGCUGCAAGUAACGGAUUUAGAGGCCAGGAUUUUACAGCUCGAGAUGCUAAACAAUGGCUUGGAGAUGAAGAUGCAGGACUCCCAAGAGCUGGACAAGUCACGCAUUCUAGAUUUGGAGUUACAGGUGUCAACCCUUGCGAGCAGUUUAGAAGCAGCGGAUGCGCACAGGAAGGAAUUAGAAGAGAAAGUAGUGGACUUGGAAGCGGAAAAUGAUGGAUGGAACCGCAGCUUUGAGGAAUCUACUAGGAAAGAGGCUGAGAAGCUUUCAAGUCAGCUGGACAGUGCAAAGAUGGAGUUCGACAGGCAUGUUGCGGAGUUGGAGGAUGAUUUAGAAAAAGCGAGACAGGAUUUAGAAGCGCAAUUGAGCAGAUCGAAGAAAGAAAACGUCGAAGUCAAUGAAACGGUCACGAGAAAGGAUGCAGAGGUUCAGUUUCUUGUAUCAGAGCUUGAAGCGUUGAAACUACAACUUAGUGCGGAGCAGGGCCGAGGUCGGGAAAUCGAAAAACAGAAAGCUGUACUUGCUGCUACAAUGAACGAGUAUAAGUCGAAAUGGAUAGCGUCGGAUACGCUCUGUGAGACGCAUUCUCGUGCCCGAAGGGACCUUGAAGCGCAGGUGGAAAGAUUAAAAGCUGAACUUUCCAAGGCCUCUACGUCCAGUCAUUCUUUGCGGUGCCGCAUCAGAGAACUUGAGGAAAGUCUAUCAGAGUUGACGGCAGAACAUCUCAAGACAACACAAAACAUGGAGGAAGAAAGUAAAUUGGUUGCAAAGAAGAUUUCAUCUUUAGAGGCCGAGAGGGAAUCAUUGAAGUUAGAGCUUGAAGUUAGUCAAACAGAGAAGGCUGUAUUGGAGCGUGAGGCAGUGCAUAUUGCAGAGGAGAAGACGGCUCUUGAGACUACAAAGAAUUGCCUGGAGCUUACUUGCAGUGAGCUCAAUAUGAAGGUUGAGAAGCUGGAAGAAGAUCGUGAGGCUCACAGACUAGCAGAGGAAAAACUGGAGCUACAAGUAAAGGAUUUGACUGAUACGUUUAGAAGUCUUGAAAAUACUUUGGGAGUGCGGGAGAGCUCCAUCAAGGAGCUGGAGGGGACUUUAAAAGUCACGGAGAGCAAUCAUGACGAGGCUGUCAAAAAGCUUGCAAGAGAUGUUGCUGGACUAGAGGAAGACAACGUGAAGCACGUCAAAGAAAUAUCUAUGCUACAAGAACAUUUGUCCACGCUGACAAGCGAGCUAAAACGCUGUGAGCUAGAUGCUGAAAGCAGAGAUGCGCGAAGCAGAGGAGAAAUGCUAGAGCUUGAAGAGAAAGUGGUAUUGCUAGAGAACGAGCGUGAGGCUCUUAAGCAGGAUGGACGCAACUUGCACAUGCAUAUCGGGGUUCUCAAGGGUGACAUAGCGAUGCGGGUUGGCACCCAAGGUUUGCUGGAAAGACGAGCCAAGGAGCUAGAAGAUCAGAUAUGUAGCACGGUGGAAAUUUUAAAGGAGUGCCAACGUGAGAAAGCUGCUGCUGAAGAUCACAACAGAGAACUCGAAGCUGCAGUAGAAAAAUGGGAACGUACUGGGCAGGAGCUAGAGGGAACAAUCGCAAAACUGGAAGGAGAGAGGGAUGCUCAAGGUCUGGCACUGAAGGACCUCGAACUGCAAGUCAAGAGCCUUAAAAGCACAGUCAGCUCCCUCGAAAAUUCUGGACAUGUACGUGAGAACCGUGUCAGAGAACUUGAAGACACCUUAUCGAUCACUGAGCAGUCCGAAAAGAGGUUGACGGAGAAAUUAGAAGAGGACCAUGUUAAGCAUGCUGAAGAAGUUUCAAGUUUGCAAGAAAAUGUGCGCGCUCUGGCGAGGGAGCUGGAAAGCUGCAAGUGCUAUGCAGAAGAGACACAAUUGCUAAACAGCCAAGAGAAGUCGAGGCUUGAAGAAAAGGUGCUACAGGUUGAGAACGAGCGUGAUGAUCUCCAGCAGGAUGCACGGAACUUGGAAACACAGGUGGAAGCUCUCAAGAACGACAUCAUAGUGCAUCUUGGUACUCAGGAACUUCUACAGCAUAGCCUACAAGGAAAGCUAGAGGAACUUCUCGGCUUGGAGUCCAAGGUGUUGGUUCUAGAGUCCGAUUGCAACCUACUCAAGAACGACCGGGACGGCCUGGAAAUGCAGGUGGCAGAUUUCAAGCACCAGGCCUUAGACAGUGCAGUGUUGAACGGUGUGCUACAAGAUCAGGUGACCGAGCUGACUGCCACCCUCAGCAGUAUAGGCCGAGAAAGAGACGCUCUAAUGGAGUCGUGGAAUGCGGAGAAAAACAAAGCAAUCCACGCCGAGCAACGGCUGGAAACGUUUGUUCAGGACAGAGAAAAGCUAGAAUGGCUUUUGCAGCAAACGGAAACCAUUGCCCGACAGAUGUCACAGGUCGAAGCAGGCGGACUGUCUCUAGAGGCAACGCUGGAGGAAGCACGCCAGAAGAAUAGCCAACUCGAUCACAAUAUAGAGAAGCAAGAGAUCGAGGCAAAAGAUAUUGGAUGCAAAGUUGAGCAGUCUGUCGCAACUCUCUUCAAACUUGCCAGUCAGAUGGAAAACGAGAUGGAAGAUAUGAGGGUUGCCAACAGGGACUGCGCUUCGAAGCUGGGCAAGUGUGAGCAAGAAGUUCUGGCUUUGAAGGUCGAAAACGAUGCGUACAAACCGGAAAUAGUGGAUUUGAAGACCACUCUAUUAAAUCUUAAGCAGGACAAGUUGGCUUUAGAAGCGAGGAUACAAGAUUUGGAGGCUGAAAAGCUGAGGCUGCAAUGCCAGGUUCAAGUUCAACACCUCCAAGGGCACACCGAGAGUGAGAAAUUGGAUUUUAUUUCGGCAAGGCUACAAGCUCUUCGAUCUAAUCUGGACAAAGUAAGCGAGAGAAACGUGCUUCAGAAAAUCGAAGAGCUGAAGCGGGAGUACAAACAAGAGGAAGCUGACGUUCAUGACAAGUUAAUUUUGUUGGAGGUUCAACUUUCUUGUAAAAUGAAUGAGAUUGAAGCACUGAAACAAGAGCACCAAGAAAAAGAGGCUACACUUCAAACUAAAGUCGACUAUCUGGAAACGACCAUGGGACGACAAAUGGACGCUGGUCUUGAGCAAUUCCAAGUUGAGGUGGCAAGGCUUCAAACGCAGCUAGCGCUCUGUGCUCAGCGUGAACGUGACUUGGUGUCAAAGUUAAGCAUGCAGGAGAUAUCUGAGAAAGAAGUUUGCCGGUUACAACAGGUGAAUGAACAGCUUGAGAUCACCGUGAUGAAAUUGAGAGCUGUGUCUGAAUGUGGCAAUCUUCUUGAUAGAGUCCUAACACUGGAAACAGAAUUGGCUGAGGCCUUAGAAACAAGCAGAAUCUAUAAGUCCCAGCUCCAAAAUUCAAUCGCUUCAUCAGACAACGUACAGCAAACUGAUGUUAGCAUCGAGAGAAUAUUGUCAGAUUUGAAGAUGUACAUGCGGAGAUCAUCAGAAUUGCAGAUGGAACUAAAAGACAUGCAAGAUAGAUAUACUCAAAUGAGCCUGAAGUUUGCUGAGGUUGUGGCUGAGAAAGAGCAGCUUAGUUUUGCUUUGAAAAAUUUACAAACGUCAUCGGAAAUACUUAGAAAAACACCAUCUUUUUGA